CAUACAUUGCCAUAUCCUCUCUAGCGCUUCGUAACUUCGCCUCGGAAGAUUAAACCAGGCGACGAAGCUGGCGGCGGUGUCAACACAAUUAAAUUCAACUUUAAGCGUUACUCGAAUGAAGGGCUCAUGUCUGCUCUGUCAGUGAUGAUUGUGGAGCACACGGCAUGGAAAGGAACAUUGGAGACCAGCUCAACAAAGCUUUUGAAGCUUAUCGCCAGGUCUCCAUUGAAAAGGACAAUGCUAAAAAACAGCUACAGCAAAUGACUGAAUAUUAUGAGCAAUACACUCAAAAACUUCAAAAGCAGAUAGACGACCAGCAGCAGUUGAUUUCAUUACUUGAAGCUCAGUUGUCAGCAACAAGGAAACCAUCAGGAGAGAUGAAAUGUGAGCCUUGCAACCAUCUCGUUGAUGGGGCCAGCACUUAUAGGAAAACACAGUACCCGGAGAAUAUGGGCACUGUUGCUGUUGCUCCUAUUAUGCCAGUCAACAGCAGCGUUGACUAUCAGGACAUGCUGGAUGCAUUUGAGGCAAUUCAAGGGAAAUUCCGGCAGAUUCAGUCUCUAACCAGACGACAAAAAGAUCACCUAAAAAGAUUCCAUGGGGGAAAUGAUACAGCAAAUGAUCAGCAGUUCUCCAUGCCUAUCCAGUGCACAGACCGUACAGCAGAGGCAGAGACACCCUUUUCCUCAGCACUAAGGUCAGCAGUGGAGAUCCCACUCCCGCCUACAUCUCUGGCAUCUCGCGGCGCCAGUCCUGAGGACAGGGACUUGGUAGACUCUCUCACCAAACUCAGUGUCAAAUUCCCGCCCUCUGCGGACAGUGAAUAUGACUUCCUGAACAGUACCCCAGAGAGACACAUUGCUCUGCCCAUGAAGCGGCCUCUCAGUAGCAUCCCCUCCGCAGUUACAGAGGAGGAGCCCGUGGAACUGCCCAUGCCUUUUGUCUACCCUACAUUCUCCUCCCACUCAACAUCAUCUUCGCUCUCCCAGGAAAGUGUACGGGGACCCCAGCAGCCUCUCUGGAGCCCUGAGCUGUGUGAUGCAGUUGACGUGGGGACAGAGCUGGUGGCGCCUCAGAGCAGCAGUCCUCCUGAUAAAUGCGCUUUCUGCCACGCUGUGGUUCCUAAGGACCAAAUGAACAGCCACCUCUAUUCGCAUUUCUCUGCUAAGAAUGAAGCGGAGAAUUGACAGUGGGAGCAAAGACUGACGGGCCAAGGCCUCAAAUACACCUAGACUUACUGUAUUCAUGGUUCAUGGUCUUGUCCUACCUACCAUGAAGUACAUGCGCUGUACUGGAUUUGAAAUGACACUGCAAUAAGACUUGAAUCCAUUUAUUUAAUGUUGAAGAAUUGAAUGGUACAGUUUCUCCCCCAUUAUAUUUUUCUAAUACUGUGCUGAGAUUUUACUCUAGUAAUAAGUGACAAUGAUGCAUAAUAUGGUAUAUAUGAGCAAAUAAAAUCAACAUUUACUCUUGCAA